GCGGAGUGAGGAGCCCGGAGCGGCGGCGGCCGAGUCGCCCAGCGCCCAGCCGGGCCGAGCCGCAGCCGCAGCCGCAGCCGCAGCCGCCCGCAGCGCCGCCGCCAUGGCCGCCAAGGCUCGGGUUAUGUAUGAUUUUGCUGCUGAACCUGGAAAUAAUGAACUGACGGUUAAGGAAGGAGAAAUCAUCACAAUUACAAAUCCAGAUGUUGGUGGAGGAUGGCUGGAAGGAAAAAACAGCAAAGGAGAACGAGGUCUUGUUCCCACAGACUAUGUUGAAAUUUUGCCCAGUGAUGGGAAAGAUCCGUUUUCUUGUGGAAAUUCAAUGGCUGACCAAGCCUUCCUCGAUUCCCUCUCAGCAAGUACAGCUCAAGCGAAUGCGUCAGCUGCCAACAGUAACAACACGGUGGAUAUUUUGGCUCAGAUUGGUUGUGUUGAAAGUCUCAGCCAGUCACCACCUUCUUCAUCUUCUCCUUCUCCUCCUUCUUCUUCCAUAAAUAAGGUCAGCAGUGGCAAUGACCCCUGGUCGGCCUGGAGUGCCUCCAAAUCUGGAAACUGGGACAGCACGGAUGGCUGGGGAGCCAAGGCGGAGGGGACUGCAGCCCAGAAAAGCACUGCCAAUAACUGGGACACCGCCUUUGGUCAUCCCCAGGCCUACCAGGGACCAGCAACUGGUGACGAUGAUGACUGGGAUGAAGACUGGGAUGACCCCAAGUCAUCUUCUCCCUACUUCAAGGAUUCAGAGGCAGCCGAAGCAGGAGGUGCUCAACGCUUAAACAAUCGUGCUGGCUCCUCGUCGAUGAAGCUGCCACUUAACAAGUUUCCGGGAUUUGCAAAACCUGGGAUGGAACAGUAUUUGUUGACUAAGCAACUAGCAAAACCCAAAGAGAAAAUUCCUAUCAUUGUUGGAGAUUAUGGCCCGAUGUGGGUUUAUCCUACCUCUACCUUUGACUGUGUGGUAGCAGAUCCCAGGAAAGGCUCCAAAAUGUAUGGGCUGAAGAGCUACAUUGAGUAUCAGCUGACGCCCACUAAUACUAAUCGAUCUGUAAACCACAGGUAUAAGCACUUUGACUGGUUAUAUGAACGUCUCCUGGUUAAGUUUGGAUCAGCCAUUCCAAUCCCUUCUCUUCCAGACAAGCAAGUCACAGGUCGCUUUGAAGAAGAAUUUAUCAAAAUGCGCAUGGAGAGACUCCAGGCAUGGAUGACCAGGAUGUGUCGGCAUCCAGUAAUUUCAGAAAGUGAGGUUUUCCAGCAGUUUCUAAAUUUCCGGGAUGAAAAGGAAUGGAAAACUGGGAAGAGGAAGGCCGAGAAAGAUGAGCUGGUGGGACUUAUGAUAUUUUCCACCAUGGAACCGGAGGCCCCUGACCUGGACCUGAUAGAAGUAGAGCAGAAGUGCGACGCUGUUGGAAAAUUCACCAAGGCCAUGGACGACGGCGUGAAGGAGCUGCUGACGGUGGGGCAGGAGCACUGGAAGCGCUGCACCGGCCCACUACCCAAGGAAUACCAGAAGAUAGGCAAGGCCCUGCAGAGCUUAGCGGCAGUGUUCAGUUCCAGUGCUUACCAAGGUGAAACAGAUCUCAACGAUGCAAUAACAGAAGCAGGCAAGACUUAUGAAGAAAUUGCCAGUCUCGUGGCAGAGCAGCCAAAGAAAGACCUCCAUUUCCUGAUGGAAUGUAAUCAUGAAUAUAAAGGAUUCCUUGGCUGCUUCCCUGACAUUAUUGGCGCCCACAAGGCAGCAAUAGAAAAAGUGAAAGAAAGUGAUAAACUGGUUGCAACUAGCAAGAUCAGCCCCCAGGACAAACAGAACAUGGUGAAGCGCGUCGGCACCAUGUCUUACGCGUUGCAAGCGGAGAUGAAUCACUUCCACAGUAACCGGAUCUAUGACUACAACAGCGUCAUCCGUCUGUACCUGGAGCAGCAGGUACAGUUCUAUGAAACGAUUGCAGAAAAGCUGAGGCAGGCCCUCGGCCGCUUCCCAGUGAUGUAGGCGGAGCGGAGCAGGAAGAAACUCCCAGUGCGUCCCCGACCUGGGGCAUGCAGUCCAACCCCCUCACCC